AUGGAGUAUAGAAAUUUUACUAUGAGUUUUAGUAAAUUACAAUCAGGUAUAUGUCCAAAAAAAUUACAUGAAAAUAUAGUGAUUAGUGAUGAUACUGAGAACUCCAUUGAUGAAGAUGAUUGUGAAAUGGAUGAUGAAGACAUAUCACAUAAUGAUAAUUUAAAAAAAAUGGUAUUUUCUUCAGAAAUAUUUGAACUCUUGAAUUCAUUCAAGUUAGCCUCAUCAUUUCCUAACUUAUAUAUGGCUUACAAAUCAUUAUGUACAAUACCAGCUACUUCAGUUUCGAGUGAACGUUCCUUUUCAAAAGUUAAACUUAUAAAUAUACGUUUACGUUCAACUAUUGGCUAA